UUUGUUUCACUUUCUAGGUAGAACAAUGUCUUUUUAGUACCCAAGUAAAGCGAUGUGUCGAGCGCAGCUUUGACUGUGAAUAUCUACUGUGCUUGUAAGAGAGGAACAUCAGUGUGUGCCUAUGGUCGAAGGAAAGUAGCGUCGCGGAGAAUGAUGAAGGACGGUAGUGUGAUUGAAAUAUGCCAAGAAGAAUAAAUGGGGAAAUACCGUUGCCUGAUGGUUGGGAGAUGGGUAGAGACUACGACGGGAAAGUGUAUUACAUCGAUCAUAAUACGAAAAAGACGACAUGGCUGGACCCCCGGGACAGACUCACGAAGCCGGCCUCAUUUUCCGAUUGCAUCGGAAAUGAGCUCCCUUUAGGCUGGGAAGAAUCGUAUCAUCCUUGUGUUGGGAUUUAUUACGUGAAUCAUGUCAAACAAACGACUCAAUUGGAAGAUCCGCGGCAAGAAUGGCGGAAAGUUCAGGAGGCUAUGCUCCGAGAUUACUUGAUAACAGCUCAAGAAGACCUUGCGGCGAAGCAAGAACUCUUCCAAGUGAAACAACACAGACUGACCCUUGCUCAGGAUGAAUAUCGACACCUAAACUCAGCCCUCAAUCAACUCUCAGCAUCACACACUAGUCUUUGUUCCAGUGGAAGUAGUAGCAGUACAAGAUACAAUCCGGACCUCUUGCGUUCCGACGUUGCACUAGCUAAAACACGGGUUUCUAGGUUAAAACAAGAACUUGAAGAAAUUCAAAAUGAUGUUCAGUAUACGAAGCAUGGCGUUGAAAUGCUCUCGAGUGUCGAGCGUGACUUUUGCUCCUCUGCUCCCGACGGCACCAGCAGCAAGUCAUAUACUGUUCUUGAAGCCGAGGCGAUUCUAGAUGAGCUCAAGCAAGUUCAAAGAUCGCUGUGUGAAGGCGAGAAGGAAAAGGCAGAAUUGAUGCAGUCGUUGGCGAGGAUCAAAGAUGAUCUGAAUAGGUUAUCUGCGGGGCAAAACUCUGUUGGUAUUUCAGGAAACCAUGGUUCGCAGUGUGAUUAUUCUUCACCUGAUGCUUCGUCUCUAAGCUUUCUCAACGCUGUUGGAGGUAAUGAAAAGUUUACCACGGCAUCUCAAACUGAUCUGUCUGGAGAACUUCCGCCUGUCGGAGCUCGACUUGCAGAAUUGGCUCGCAUGAGGCUAAGAUACGACGAAUCGCGACGAGAAAUCCAAAUGCUUCAACAGAGUCUUGCCGAUUUGGAUGCGAAAAUGACUCCCGGUCAAGCAGAAUCCGACAAAGACAGAUUGAUUCUAAUUCAGCAAAAAGAGCAGCUUUUGCGGGAGUUGAAGAGCAUAGAGCGGGGUAAAGGAAUGGACCAUUGUGAUCUGCGUGCCUCAGGGAGACCGGAAACUGACAUGGAGCGGAUACGGAAACAAAUCGUGUGUCUGCAGAGAGACCUGAAUUGUGCGAUGGAAAUGUCUUCCAAAGCGAUUGCUGACAGGUUGAAACUCCAUGAAGUGAGGCAAGGUCUUCUGCAUCAGCUUGGUGCAGCCUUGCGGAGAACAGCGGCCUUGGAAACAAGACUACGAGCUGCUUCUUCUGCAUCCACAUCCACCCUUUCGGUUUCGUCCUCCUCAUCUCUGGGCUCUCUUUCCACGUCAUCGUCAUUAUCAUUUACAGAUAUUUAUGGAUUACCACAGUGCCAUCCGGAUAGCAGUCCGAACAUCGUCGAGCUCCAUCAUCGAGUGGAGCAGCUGAUGAGUGCCAAUGUCUCGAAAACCUCCAUGGUCCAGUCGAUGGAACCAGCCCCCAUCGUGAACGUGGAAGAGGCAGUUCUGCGAAUGACCAAAUCCACUUCCGGUCUCUGUCACCGAUUGAAUCUCGCGCCGAGUGCGGAAGAGCCCUCGGCGUCUCCUUCUUCGGCAGCUGUUUCUUCUGGCUGCAGCAGUGGCACCAGUGGUAACGGAGCCAGUGGCGGCAGUGGGAAUAAUAAUAAUAAUCAGCAGCCGCCGUUGAGCCCGUCCGGGUUGAGCGGGUGUCCCCAGUCCGUGUCGGCGGCUGUUAGUAACGAAAGCGUCGCCGGCGACUCGGGUGUGUACGAGGCGGCGAGUCACUCGUUGUCUCAGAGCGGUUGUGCGAGAAGCGGGAACCAAGACCCGCCGUGUAUCCCACACAUGGGCUUGGAUACUCCGCAGAUAUCUGUCAAGCUUAGGUAUGCUGUUGCUGAUGAAACAUUGUUUGUGGGUGUGGAAAAAGCGAGAAAUGUUGCUGCUCUCUCAGUUCCUACGACGCAUGAAAUUUGCAUCAAAGGAACUCUUUUGCCGGCUUCGACGGAUGGUGACGGAAGUCAGUCAACCAUGUCGACCUCGGUUGUGGGUUGGCGAGGAGGGAAGUCGCCGUCUUUUGGAGACGUGCUCCCUUUCCGCGUUUCUCUCAGCUCUCUGUAUUCCAAGACGCUUCAACUGAAUGUGUGGGCGUUGGGCAUGUCUGGAUCUGAAGAAUGUAUGGGCUGUACUCAAAUCAGUCUCGCUGACUUCUCGUUGGACUCGCCUCCCGUCGCCAAAUGGUACAACGUAUUGAGUUUCAAAUUUAUGCAACCGGAUCCUGCGCCUUUAACUUCAGAAAAUCCGGCAGCAAAAACAGCAUCGAGCGAAGAAGCUACUCAGAAGAAAAUUAGGCGCGUAGCUGCAAAAGUAGCGAGUGUGUCAUCUGCCGCUACGCAGUCUAAACAAGACGUCGAUGAAGAAGAUCAACGUCUUCAAGAUUCGGCGAAGCUCAAGGAAGAAAGCAGUGAUGAAUCGACAGUCAUUUCUUCGCAAACUUCAACGCUGACCAGAAAUGUUGGACCUGAAGCUAUGAUUGCUGCUGCGAUAAGUGUGGAUGAUUUUGAAGGAUCUGAUGAUGACGACGAAGACGAGGAUGAUUAUGAGGAGGAAGAUUCGAGUGACGAAGAAGGCAGAGAGUAUCCGGUUGAAGCGUCUGCCGAUGUGCUGGUGGCGGAAGUUUUGAGGGGCGUCGAAUACGCGGACAGGGAAACGAACACGGAGUGCACGUUUCUUCCGUGCAGGCGGCCGCCGUCUUCGGCUGAAGCUAUGGUGGCGUCCGCGCAUCGUGCCGCCAUCGUGCGACGGUCCAAGACUUUCUCUCCGUCGGCGCCGCUGUCGAAGCAGGAGUACAUUUGCCGAUUGAACAGGAGUGACAGUGACAGCUCCAUGCCGUUGUAUCGUGAUCCGAGUGUCGGUGCUUCUGGGACGAGUGCCAGGGGUUUCCAGCGCAACUCGCUGAGCAGACAGUCAAUGCGGUAUAAAUUGGCCGUAACAGCGCCUGCCGGUGUGACUGAUGUGGCGCCGACGCAUCACGGCAAAGUACAUUCUUGCCUCACUUCUUUGGACCUUGCUUUGGACAAGGCUGCGCAGUUGACGAAGUUGAAGAUCCUCCAGGACGAGAUCAAGAGGUUGAAAGAGUUGAAGGAUCGGUUGGAAGGUGCUGCAGCUGCUGCCGGCGGAGCCAAGGGAGUGAUGAAUCUUGCCUUGCCACAGUGGUUUCUGAAUAACGAUGAGCUGCAUUGCCAAAUAGAAGCGCUACAAAGGAAACAUGCUUCAAGAGAGAGGGGAGCCAAUGUUCCGAGGAGACGAAAUGAGUUGACCGACGAGGAACAAGAGGAUCGGAGGAUAAGAAAGCUGUUGAAGAAGGCCGCUAGGGAGAUUUACAGGCUUCGAAAGUCCGUCAAUGCGUCAAGGAAUCAACCGGAUCUUGUCGCUUUUCGAGAAAAGAUGGCGUUCUUCACCCGUCCGUCGCAUUCGAUGAUCCCUGUGCCUCCUCGAGAAGACUCCGACGGCGAAGAUGGCACCGACCUCAGGUCAGAGUCCUCGACACUGAAACGCGGAGAAGUGGAGAUGUUGCGUCGACCGGACGACAAGGAUGAUGAUGAUGACGAGCCGCGUGGGAUUGUCGGAGACGCCAUGGUUGUGAGGGAGGCGAGUUUGGGAAUAGGAGGUGAUCUGUUGGUGAAAGACUUGAUGAGUGAAGAAGUUGACUUGGUUGUGGUGGUUUUGUGCGGGAUGUUCAUUUUGGCGCUGAUGAAGUUGGCAGGCAACGAAAUUCGGAUGCCGGUGCCGACGGCGGUGCAAGUGCGGAAUUCCUGGACGAUGCCUUCUGGGUAUGAUCGCGUUGCUUGCCAAGACCCGCUGUCUUUUGAGUCCAUAUACACCUAUGGCUCGGCUUUUGGAGCCUCUCACCGACGUCAAUACGAAGAUGAAACGGACUCGCGUGAAAUGAACAAAUGGGAAUCCGGCUUUCGGAUAUUCGUGCUUUCGCUCCUCAUGAUUAUGCUGAUCCCGUUUUCACCCAUCGUCUUAUGGAGGUGUUUGCAUCAUUUGCCGCAAUAUGAACGAGUUUCCGUCAUUCGACUCGGGCGAUUUUCUGGGAUUAAGGGACCGGGUUACGUUUUACUUCUGCCGUGUGUGGAUUCUUGGAGGAAGAUGGAUUUGAGAAUGAAGAUUCUCGUUAUCCGCAACGUUCAGGUUGUGACGAGCGACACUGCGGUUGUUAAUCUCAACGUGGAGGUCCUGUACCGAAUUUUCGAUUCGGAGUCGAACGUUCUGAAGAUCAAUGAUCCUGAGAAAACCCUCGAGUCAUUGUGUCGAUCGACGAUCGUAAACAAAGCAGUUUCAUCCAGUCAGAAAUUAUUGGUGAAAGAUCGAAGAGCCAUUGGAGAUUCCGUGCGAGAGAAACUGAACGACGCUGUUCGCAAGUGGGGCUUUGAAGUUUCUGAAGUGACUCUACAUGAAGUAGUUGUCCUUCAGAAGGCUGUAGUCGUGGAAAAGAAUCCGUUGGAACCGCUGAAUCAAGUUUUUCAAAGCCUCGUUGGAUUGAAAAGCGAUGCGUCCCAUCAAAAUCCUUUAUUGCAGUCUCUAACAGGUCAUAUGAAGGAAGCGUUUCGAGAGACGAUGUCUGAAGGAGGAGAGGCGAGUUUCGUGAUUGACUUUUCCUCGGACGUUGAGGAUCACCACAAAAUCGAUCAACCACCGUCACGUUUGAAAAUCGCCUUGGACAAAGCGAUUUCUGCGGUGAAAACAAAGCCGGGUCCCGAACAAUGCGGAUUAUAUUGUGUGGAACCUGCUGGGAAACCAAGAGUUUUUGUCAUCUUAUCUGAACGAUGCUGGGUUGAAGAAGGGGAAUCAUGUUCAUUGAAUAUCGAGCCGGAUGUCAAGAUACAUGCGGAAGACGAAAAUGCUUUACUGGAUGUGGUGGAAGGUCGAGUUUCACCCUACGAAGCGUACUUUUCUGGCACUGUUGUCGUGACUGGCAACGUGAGGAAAUUAAUGACUUUAUCGAAUUUCCUGGAAAUCUCCGUUUGAACAAGCUGUAGGGUACACAUUUCAAGUACUGCACGGUACAUGGAAUGAUCUAGUCAUAACCAUUUUUUCAGCUUGCCCCAUUGUGAGUUGCGCACCAUUUAUGUUUGAAUGUUGGACGGAAAAAUGAAUAAGCUUUCUUGCA